AUGCGCAUGAAAAGAGAAUUCGGCAAGGAUGAUGUUGGGGCAGAGGAACCACUUGAAGGAGGAGAUUGGGAGGAUAUUCCAGAAAGAGACGUUAGCCCAGAGCGGUUCGACGACUUUGACUCCUCCAAUGCAGCAGGCGCUUUUACAGAUGCCUCGAAGCCGAGGCGUCGUGCAAUCUCAAAACCCGUUUUCGUCGCUGAGAGCCCUCGGCGUACUCGCGCAGCCCCUCCGCGGCUAAAGCGCAGGAGAAGCCCUAUGGUGGACAAGGAGCAAAUAAAAGAAGCGCUGUCCACAGGCGCCCAAGAAACAAGCAUUUAUAUUUUCGACGUUAUCAUUCGAGCAGUGCGACUCAUGCGCAUACCAUUAUCUUUGAUGCUCUUCCUCUGGAUGUUGUCAUUCGCGAUGAUACGCCUUUCGGGUGCGAUGCGCACAGCGUUUGCCCCGAUGUGUUACCUUCCUUUGGUAUCGAGGUCGGCGCUGUGUGCUCCGCUGGACCCUAAUGCUUCGCAGAUUCCCAAAUGGGCGGAUUUUCCGCACCUUAUGGAAGCUCAGGGCUCUACUUUUGAGCAGCUUUUGGAGGGGUCGGUUGGAGGACCUGGACUUUCGAUUGAAAUUCGGAAGGCUGAGUUCGCAACUGCUGAUCUUACAACCCUCGUACGACACAGCGACCUCAAGUCUAAUGACAUCCUAGCUGAUCUCUUGGCGAAUUUCGUCCAAGAUGCCAAGAAGACCGCUAGGAGUCUCACAAAGCUUAGUUCGAAAAUCGGUGGCGCUGUGGACAAUGUUAUGGCAGUGAACGGGUAUGCCAUGCGUACCAUUCAAGAGGCGGAGAAGAACGCACCAACGCCGUAUUCGCUCAUGGCCUUGAUUCCAUUCCGCAUGGGACCCACGACUCAGGAGGUGAUAGUCGACGCAUUCUCGAGUGCGAUGGACACCUUUUCUGGUGCAAUACAGAAACUUAUUCUGGAAGCGGAGAUAUCCCUGCACAACUUGAAUGUACUCGAGGAAGAUCUCUCCGCUGUACGCGAAGCUGUGAUGCGCGAGGACGUUUCCAUCACCGCUGAGCAUUCUGAGCUUUUGGGAGCGCUUUGGACAAGACUGGGUGGGAACAGGCACAUAUUACGGGAUUUCGAGAGACGCCUCGAUUUGCUUAAAGACCUUGGGGACUAUCGGAAACAAGCGCAGGCACAUGUUGUUGCUGCGCUCCAUACACUGCACUCGAUGAGCGAGGACAUGGAGGAUCUACGAGAGAGGGUAGCGGCUCCUGAACUGCUUGAUGGGCGUAUCCCACUCCACGUGCAUAUCGAGAGCAUUCAGGGUGGACUCCAACGGCUACAGGAGGGCCGGGUGAGAGCAAAAGAGAGGGAAGAAGAGGUGAUGAGAAAAGUUUUGGGCGGUACCGAUUGA